AUGCUUGAAAGAAAACAACGAAUUAUACUUAUAUUAUGUGUUAUGUUCGGAUUAUGGAAUAUGGGAACCCAGUGGACAACAACACUUUUGUCAUUCUUACAAUGGGAUACAAUACAUGUGAUGACAAUCGUUGACAUCAGUUAUAUACAAUCGUUUGGUAGUUUCUGUAAUGCGAUAGGUGCGUUGGCUGUUGGACAGAUGGCUGAUACGAUGGGACCAAAAAUGAUGUUUCUUUUCUCGGCAGUCGUCAUAUCAAUUUACUAUUCAUUAAUAGCAUUUGCGAGAUGUUGGUACUCAUUCUUCUUUCUUCAGAUAUUACGAGUCGGUUAUCAACUUGAUGCGACAGCUGAAAUGUAUCUGGCGACAGUGACAACCGAACGUGAACGAACAUCUGCUUUAAUGCGCCUUACUGUCCCGCAGGCUAUAGCGAUGUUUUUUGGACCAAUGGUCGCAUCACAAUUAGCUAUCCACACCAAUCUUAGAACAUCACAAUUCAUUUGUGGAAUAGUUCUAUUUGUUACUUUGGUGCCAGUUAUUUAUAAAUUUCUUCCCGAGACACAUUCAGUACCAAAACUAGCAACAGCACGACUUAGGCCUCAGGAUUAUUUUCCAAUGAUAAAAAGUAACUCAGCGCUUCGUGAAGGUCUUGUACUUCGUGGAUUACUUAUCGCCUCUUAUGUUUGCUAUGAAUUAAUUGCUAGAAACUUUCUCCUUCGGUCAUUCAUGCAGGGUCCUAAUGAUUCUGCUAAAGUAUUAACCGUUAUGGGUUUAUCUUUACUUAUUGUUCAAUUUCUCAUACUGCCAAUAUUACAACGGAAUUUUUAUCCGAAAACCGUUCUUAGUAUAGCGCUUACUGCCCUUAUUGCUUCAUACUUCGGUGUUACUUUUACGACGAAUCUCGAACAAGUUCUUGUGAUUAUUGCAAUACAAACAUCCUCAUACGCAGUCGCUUAUGCCGAGAGUUGUACACAAAUUACAAGCGCUGUCGAUAUGGCUGACCUGGGUAAAGCGACAGGACUAGCAUCAACGGCGCAGUGGACCGCACAUUUUCUGGUACCAAUAUAUACUUCACAUCUUGUGCAAUCAUGGCACUAUACGUAUGCAUUCUAUACUAGUGCAAUGUUAACUGUGCUAACGCUGUUCUAUGUCAUUUUCUUGACUAAACACUCAAAUGCUAGGGUUCGCAAUCUUCUACCUUCCAUUGGUAUUAUUUAA